CCUAAACAAAAAGAAGCAAUUAUAUGGUAUGAAGAGUGCAUGUUAAGGUACUCAAACAGCUCUGUUUUCUCUGAUAUGGAAGAGGAUCCUCGUGUUUAUUUGGGGAACCAAAAUAACGUUAUACAUCCCAGUCAGUUUAAUCAGACUUUGGCUGAUUUGAUGAAAAGUUUGGUUCAUGAUGCUGUGUCAUCUAGCAACUUUUUUGCUGCUGAAGAUGUGAAUUUCACAACUUUUACUAGGCUAUAUGGGAUGGUGCAAUGCACUCCUGACAUUGUUUCAUCUGAGUGCCGCAUUUGCUUGGCUGCUUGUGUGAGUGAGAUUCGUAAAUAUUGUAAUGGGAAAGAAGGAGGUAGAGUUUCUAAGCCUAGUUGCAAUAUCAGGUUUGAAAUUUACCCUUUUUACUCUAUGGCCUCUCAUUCACCUCCACCGCCAGCUACCUCAACAAGUAAAAGUGGUAAGCAUUUGCAUUUACCACUUUUAGGAUUGUCGGAUUCACUUGUGUCCUUUUACAAAGGAGGAAGACAAAGCAGGAGAUCGGAAGUGAGCAAGAGGCAGAAGGUUAAUUAUACCCUUUCUCCUGCCACAAUUUAUAUCACCAGCUUCUCCUUCUCAGCCGCCUCCGUCGUUGCCUUCUCUACGGCUAGUUAUUCCAAAAGGAUUCGAACUCGGAUGAAGUUCUAACUAUCUGUCAAAGAAAAAACAAAUGGAUCUUGUAGGAUUCCUAAGAACUAAAUUCUUUGAUUUUUUCCGAAAGUAGAUAUUUAUAUGUUUUUCACAUUUCCUUAAUGGCCAGGACAUUAAGAAAUAUCCAUAAAGGCAUUUAAGGGAAUUGGUCUGAUUUUAUCUUUGUUUUGUUUUAUGGUAGAUUUCGUGAAGAACUUUCGUACCGCACCUAUCGAACAAAAGCUAGCUUUGCCAGUUUGUCGAUCCCAUUCCAGCCUUAACUCCAAGAAGCCAGAAGCAGUCUCUCAUGUAAGCGCCCCAAGUCCAGCAGCAGAUCCAUGCCCUCAACACAGCUACCUCUUAGAGCUUGGCAUGGAUCUUGAGCAGAUCAAGUUAGCUACUUGCAAAUAUCCCAGUUUU